GCGUGUUUUCGUAUUCAGGGAAUAGUUUAACAAGCUUAAGCAUAUCUUCAACCUUGCAGCCUCAUCAAACCUUAGCACUACCUCCUGGAAAUGAAAUUCACUCUCAGUGUUUUGGCGUUUGUCACGUCUGCCAAUGCCUGGACCAUGCAGUUCGACUGCCCAAGAGGCUCUCACUUCGAAGGGUCCUAUUCGGGCUCUAAGAACAAGGGCUGCACUUCCAUCCCAGCAUGUGUCCCAGGCGAUCAUAUGGUUUGGGGUAAUACAAAAAAGUCCAACUGUGUUCUGAGGCUGUACGCCGCUGCGCCUUGUGCCGCUGACCAGGAGAUUGGUCAUUCUAAGGAGAAUUGGGAUCAUAAGUUUGGUCAAGCUGUUUUUGCAUGGGGAGUUACGAACUGUUAGUCAGAAGUUUUACAUGGCUGCAGAAGAAUAUGUUCGUAACAACAUGACGUCUUAUGCGGUUCUCCAGAUAACUAUUGAAGAUAUAUACAUGAGAUGAUGUUCCAAUCACCGUUUCACCAG